UCGUGAUAAAAAUAAUCGAAUAUAAAACGAUUGUUUGAGAAAGAUAUAUGACUGACAUAAGAAAGACAACAAAAAUAUAAAGACAAGGAAUGAUUUUCGGUAUAUGUCUAAAUAUAUGUUCUUCGGUAUUUAUUUAGGAAUUUUCCAUACAUAUUCAAUUUGAUCUUUAAAAGUUACCGAUACUCGAGUGGAUAGACAAUUGGCACGUAUCGUGAUAGUGGCUAAUUUGAUUUUUCGCCUUAAAAAAACGCACAAGUUCAUCGAUAGAACGAUCCGAAUCGUUAUUAUUAUCUGUCUCGGUCCAAGGUUUUCUUCCUCAUUUUGAAAAUGUUUAUCAAUGUGUCAACAGAAGAGAGUUAUUAAGGAAGGAGAAAUACGGAGAAAGAGAGUACGUCGGUGCUCGUUAGCGAAAAAAAAAAUAACACGAUCCAAUUGAAAGAAGAAGAUGGCGUUUACUUACAGCUUUAAUGAAUAGGUUUGAUGAUAAGGGUUUGGAAGACACGAACGAUACCUACUUACAAAAUGAUAUGCAAGCGAUUCGUAUUUCCGUGCUGGCCAGACAAACAUUGUUCCAUUGCGCGUUCUCUCCUUGAACAGAGAUCAUUCGCAGAAUCGCAAGAAUCGGAUCGCGUCAAUUUUGAAAUGAGUUAACUCUUGUCGCGAAAUCUCUUUCAGUUUAUAUAUCUUCGAUAGCCUAUCAGUGCCCGAGAAGGAUCGCCAGCAAUGUCAGUGCCCAGGAAGGAUUCCAUCUCGACGGAAGAUGCCAAAAGGAAGAAAAAAAAGAAGAACUUUAGUGCAAACUCGAGAAAAUAUUUGUUGAUACUGCAAUGGCUUCCAAAGUACAAUCAAUUUCAAGCUAUAUCCGACGUUAUAGCCGGUAUUACGAUAGGACUCACCAUGAUACCGCAGAGUAUCGCUUACGCUGCACUGGCUGGAUUAACUGCUCAGUACGGCCUUUACUCGUCGUUCCUCGGUGGUUUCAUAUAUCUUCUACUCGGAACCACCAAAGAAGUCUCCAUCGGUCCUACAUCUUUGAUGUCUCUCUUAACGAUGGAAUACACGCAUGACAUGCCGAUAGACUUCGUUGUACUCCUUACAUUCUUGGCUGGAUGCGUAGAGUUAACAAUGGGCUUGUUGAAUUUAGGUUUUUUGGUGGACUUCAUUUCCAUCCCUGUUACGUCGGCAUUCACUUCGGCAGCGGCAAUUAUUAUAAUCGUUGCCCAGAUUCAGGGUCUCUUAGGUCUGAGAUACAAGUCGUACAACAUAAUCGAUACCAUGAAUAAAACGUUUAAAAACAUAGAGAAGGUUCAUUUGCCCGACGUAGCACUCAGUUUUUCUUGCAUAGUUUUUCUUUUACUCUUCAGGAAACUGCAAGACUUUGGAAACAAGACUGGGAACAAGGAAAUUACGAGAACGAAAAAGAUUUUGUGGUUUCUUUCUAUUGGUCGCAAUGCUCUUGUCGUCUUAAUAACAUCAAUUAUAUCGUUUAAUUUGACAUUGCAGGAAUCUUCUCCAUUUACUCUUUCAGGAAAAGUGAAACCUGGAUUACCAGCUGUAUCUGUACCACCGUUUUUAUCCCAAAUCGGAAAUCGUACAUACACAUUUUUCGAUAUGUGCUCCCAUUAUGGAUCUGGCAUAUUUAUGAUACCAAUCAUCGCUGUCUUGACAAACGUGGCGAUUGCAAAAGUAUUUGCAAGCGGUAACUCGUUAAACGCAAAGCAAGAAAUGUUAACGCUCGGCAUUUGUAAUAUACUUGGAAGUUUCUUUUCGUCAAUGCCAACUUGCGGAGCAUUGACAAGAAGUGCAGUAAGUGCUGCGAGCGGUAUACAGACGCCUAUGGCGGGAUUGUAUACAGGAAUCUUAACAUUGUUAGCUCUUAGCUUUCUAACGCCUUACUUUUACUAUAUACCACGUGCGACGCUCGCAGCGGUAUUAGUAAGCGCCGUUUUCUUUAUGAUCGAUUUACGAAUAUUCAAAGUUCUUUGGAAAGGAUCCAGAAAAGAUGCAAUAGCAGCUAUAGUGACGUUUGUAGUUUGUAUAGUUUGUAACAUUGAAGUAGGACUUCUCCUUGGUGCAGCGCUUAAUAUAAUUUUUUUACUUCAUCCAUCGGCUAGACCAAAUCUAAGUACCAUUGAGUGCAAGACAGAUUUGGGAAAUGAAUACCUGAUACUUAAACCUGACACAGGAUUUUAUUAUCCUGCAGUAGAUUUUCUUUCCAACAAAUUAGAGACAAUAGCUACCAAAUAUGAGGAACAAGUACCGUUGCUCGUAGAUUGUGAAAGAUUUCAAGGCUUUGAUUAUACCGCUAUAAAGAGUAUGGAAAGAUUAUCGAAACAAUUGAAUACUAAAACGCAAAGAUUAUGGCUAUUAAAUGUUAAGCCAGAAGUUAUAAAAACUAUUUCAAUAUUAGCAGACAAUAAAUAUUUUCUUUUUAUCAAUGAUCAUAAAAGUAUUAAGUCUUUUGUAGAUGAAGUAAAAAAAAAUACCGAUGAACAAAAUCUUGUGGACGAGGAAAAUCAACUAAUGAAAAAUACUGAAAAAGAAAAUCUAGAAAUGGAAGGCUAUGAAGAUUCUAAUGGAAUAUUUAAAAAGAGAAAUGAUGAUAUGAAAGAAUCUGAUAAAGUGUCAUUGCAUUAAUAAAACGCUUGAUAGAGAGCUUGGAUAACUGUUAUGUGUACAGCUGAAUCGUCAUAAGAAUGAAUAAAUUAUUGAUAAAUUAUACAUAAGAUAGUAGUAAUAUUAUAUCAAGAAAUGUUUACGUAAAUUAGUCAAUGAUAUUAAAUUUCUAUUGAGUGAUUCUUAGUUAUAUUAAUUAAUUCAACGCACAGAACUUAUUGUAAUGUAUCAUAGAAAAGAUGGAUAUUAUUACGGAAAAAAAAAAACGUUACAGAAGUAAACAGGUACAGAAUUGAAGUAGUGUAGUAAUAGGUUUUCGAAGCAUUAAUGUGCCCAUGAAUUAAACAUUGGUUUAUUAAAAAAUUGAAUACAGAGAAAAAA